AUGGUGGACACUUCUGUGGGCUAUCGCUAUCGCCGUCUCUCCCAAUUCACUAUGGGUGGCAUCUACGAGUGCAACUCGCGAUGCAAGUGUGACCGACGCUGCCAAAAUCGUGUGGUGCAACAAGGCGUCUGGGUCCGGACUCAAGUCUUCAAAACAAACCGAAAGGGUUGGGGCAUACGUGCGCUGAACGCCAUUCCAAAGGGUGCCUUCAUAUGCACCUACGCCGGGGCAAUUUACGAUGACACUAAGGCAAUUGAAGAGGGCUACGACAAUGGUGAUGAGUACCAAGCCGAAUUAGAUUACAUAGAGACAGUAGAGAAGCACAAAAUAGACUACGAGCCCUAUGCGAUCGAGCCGGAGGAGUCGUCCGACUUGGAUCCACCUUCCUCCAAUCCCAUCGUCGCCCAAAUCCGCCCUCCGACCUCCGCUCGAACUGCCCGUAAACACAGUGGUCAUGUUGGUCACGUGCGUUGCAAUUCUUCCUCCUCUGUCUCCUCCUAUUCCGCAUGUUCCAAUGUCUCCAAGGUCGGUGACAAGGCUGGUGGAGAAAUUGAUUCGACUGUAGAGCAAGGAGACAUUAAAAUAUCUCCACCAUCAUCUACCGUCGGUGAAAGUGAUGAAACAACGGCAAUAAGCUCCAUUUUGGACCAAGCAUUGGCGUUUGCCAGUUCUUCAUCCACCAUCCAUAUUCAUAAAGCGGAAGAAGGAGAAGAUGGAGGAGAAAGCCUAAAACUUCAUGAAGCGAAGUUUAAUCCGGAGGCUGUUGCUAUAAAAAAGUGCGAGGAUUUGCCGAAGAGCAUGAUGGAGACCUCCGAGGCAGAGGUGGCUGAAGAGUCGAGUGACGGAAACCUCCGGAACAAGCACUCAGGGUUAUCUGGCACAAGUCGGGUUAAUAAGAUCAAAAGUGAGGAGUCUAAUUCGUGCACCGAGAAUGCAGAUAGCGUAUCAACUUAUUCUUGCUCCAGUGAUGUGCCCUUACCUGAUUCAACUGCUUUCAAUACUGUAUUGCCAAUGGAUGUUGUCACCAGCGAGGGAGAUAACACAAGCGAGAAACCUUUGGAGCUUUCCGAAUUCACCAUCGCAGCACCUGGUUUGACGUCUUUUGGGGGUAUUUCCAAUCUGUCGGAAAUCAUGUCUUCUGCCUCCUUUGAUCGUCUCCCAGUAGUUCAAUUGACUAGACUCUCUAAGAAGGACAAACGUCUUGCCUCUCUUUCUAUGAAGCAGUCACGAGGAGGCACACGAAGUCACCUGUCCGACCGCUUGUCUGGAGAAAAAGUGUGGCUUUCUCCGGCUAGAAGGUCUCUUUUAAGAAGUUCAAAACCGUCACCUCUGACGAUGGCUUAUCGUCCAACAGGACCCCGUCAGCUAUUGCUCGUGGCUAGCCUCAAGAAAUCAGCUUCCAAUGCCGAUAUUGCUUGCUCCACUUCACACUCCACCGAACCCAAAAGAAGUUGGGCAAUUUUUCUUGAUUCACACUCCCAUCAUUCCACAGGUGAACGUCGAUCACGAGGCAAGGCACGAGAACACCGCAUCCACACGACCGUUCCUUCGACCACGGGCAAUGGGAAGGCAGGCGAAAGCACAGAGACAUCGACUGUAGCGGGACCGUUGACAGCGUCGCCUUCGACGUCGACAUUUGUGCCUUGGGCAAACCGUCGCUUCUAUCCAGUCGCACAGCGUGAUUGGUUGCCAGCUCGUAACUACUUUGGGGACGAAGAGCCUUUCGUUAUGGACGCUAAGAAGAUGGGCAACUUGGGACGUUACUUCAAUCACUCCUGUGAGCCGAAUGUCUUCGUACAGAAUGUCUUCAUCUCCUCUCACGAUCCGCGGUUCCCUGAAGUAGCCUUCUUCGCCAAGAGAAACAUUGCAGCUGGCGAAGAGCUGACUUGGGACUACGGCUACGUCGUCGACGCUGUACCAUUCAAGGUGCUCUACUGCUAUUGCGGUGAACCCUCUUGCCGCAUUCGACUUCUAUAG